UCUAAUAAUAAUGUGGUUUCAUUAUUGGAGAGGAAGUGACGCCUUAGCAGCAGAAAGCGUCAAAAUGUCGGGAGAAGGUGGAUUUUGGAAUGCUCCGAAAGUGGUCUAUAGUAAACAAACUCAUGAUUUGCUUAAAGAUAUGAUGAGGGAAUCAAAACUAACUACCUUCCAACAGAGGCAAUUACAGCAAACUUUAAGAGAUGGAGGUAAUCUCCCCUCAACAGUUCCUCCUACAACAUCAAAAAUCAACCCAACUAAGCAGAAGCAGGUGUCUCCUUUACCCAAAGUUUUGAACCCAAAGGUCUACUCUGGUGGUGUAAGAUCUAAAAACACUAUGGAAGCUAUGGGGGCCUUUGAGAAACCUGAAUAUGUACCUGUCAAAGGAGUUACAAGAUCUGUGCGAGAAAAAGAAAGACUUGCAAAUAUUAUGGCAUUUGGUGAGGAUAAGCCAAAGGUAGCUUCUCGAAAGGUUAUAGUGGAUAUGGAAUCACCUCCUCCACCUCCUGAUAGGUUUGAAGAAUUACAAAAUGAAAUUGAAGAUCGACAAAGGUUUCUCCAAGAGAUGGUGGCUAUUGGUAAAGGUGAUAAGUACAGACCUAUCAUUGCUACAGAGAUAUCACAGUUGGUGAGAGAAAUGGAACUGAUAGAUAAGAAGAGAUCAGGGGAACUACAGAAAUUACUGGAGCUGGAAGAAAAACAAAGAAACAUAUCAUCCCAAGGAUUAUCUUAAUCACUCUUAUUCAGUCUAAAUUUGUAUAUAUUUACAUAAUUUAUAUAACAAUCUGUGUUCAAAGACAGGUAUAACAAUUUUUUUUUUUCAAUUUAAUG